UCCUUCACGUAAAAUACUCAGAAGUAGAAUUGCCACAUUGAAGCCUGCAGCCCUAGAAUUAUUUUGGUAGGCUAAACCCACUGGUGAAUGCUGAUUAUCUUGCUGUAAACUUCCCUGUAGCACUUGCCAGAACAGGCCCAAACCCACAAUGUAGUGAGGCCUUUUAGUGCCUUUAGAACACAAACAGGGUUUAAGAAUCACUCAGUUUUUCAUAACUGUAUCUAAAUUAUUUAAUUAAUUAGAGGGGAAAUUUUUUUGUUAAACUAGUUAUUCUUUGGUGAUAUUUAUCUCGAUUAACAUCCAAGGUAAACAAGGUCUGUCCAUUGCAUCAUAAAUCUGAUGAAGUUACCAACUAUAUCAAAGUGAGUCCACAAAUAAAUAUAUGUCUAUUCCUAAAGUAAGUGAAGUUCUGAGCUUGGGUCUGUGGUGAUGGCAUACUCAGUAGCCACACAAUAUCCCAGGUUUUCCAUGUGCUUAGGUUCUGGUGAGUAUUGAAGAAAAAUUUCCCCCAUCAGAUCCAAUCUCCUUUAUUUUGCCAUAAUUAUUAAUUAUGAAUAUGAUUGUUUAUAAUGACAGGGGCCAUUUGUAGUACCACAUCUGAGGGUAGGUUAGGUGAUGAGGACAUGGAAUUUCUGUUUAUUUAUGUAAAUUCACAAAUCAUAAUCAAAGAGACCCUUGCUUAAAAUGCUGCAGGUGAUUUUUCUGCAGGUAAUUUUGGCAAUGAAGAAAGGAGCAAAUAAAUAAAUGAAUGCAUAGUAAGAAAUUAAUGAGUAACCUGAAGGAAGCAAAGUCAGGUUCUACUCAAGGCAGCAAAACUACCUAAGGAACUUAGGUAGUAGUUUAAAGAAGGGGUCUCUGAAGAAAUGGCAUUUAAUCUCAAUUUGAAACCUAGCGAGUAUGAAGUGGCCAUAUAUAUGUAGAUACCAGAGUAGAAUGAAAGAUAACAGUGCUCAGGGUAGAGAUGACAGCAGUGCUUAGUUGUGCGGUUCUGAAAAGUGGUGUCAAAGAUUAAUCCUUGGAUAUCUGGUGGAUUUGUUACUGGACUUGGAAGACUAGAAGACAAGAAAUUUUUAUUGUGGAAGAGUUGAUGGCUUCAUUUCAAAAUCUGUUUCCUUUUACAUGCGUACAGUACAUGCAGGUGGGGAUUACAGCACAGCAGUGGAGUCUAGCUUUGUCUGCUUAGUUACUGGACUGUCCCUUGGUGAGAAUACGCAGGAAGAGAGGAGCGACUGAGUUCUAGACCAUGCAACCACAGGAAUCUGUGACCUUCAAGGAUAUAGCUGUAGACUUCACCCAGGAAGAGUGGGCCCUGCUGGACGCAUCCCAGAGGAAGCUGUACAGAGAUGUGAUGCUGGAGAACAUCAGUCAUCUGGUGUCUGUGGGGUAUCAAGUUUGCAAAUCAGAUGUGAUUUCCCAGUUGCAGCAAGGAGUGGAGCUGUGGAGGGAAGGGAGAGGAUUUCCCCAAGGCGUGAUUCCAGACAUGAUUGCGGUCAGCCUAUCAUUGAAUCCCGCUGUUCUGAAAUCUAAGGGUCCUCACUGCCUGGGUGCUGCAGGAAGAAAUGUAACUUUUUCACCUCAGUCAUAAUUUGAUAAUUUGAUUUCUAAUGUUUUAAUUAAAAUAAUUUUUAAAAUGUGAAAAUCCCUAAAUUUUCACUAAAUGCAGUGAAAAUCUCUUCACUAAAUGCAGUGCAGAUUGGUACAGAUCAACUACAGUUCUUUUCGUUUAAUCCAGAGUUUUCAGAACUCUUCCGUCUAUAUGUGGUCAUGAGUCAACAGUUGGUGACCUUUCUCUGGACUGCAGUUUUCCCCAAAGAAACUAAUUUGCGCAGUUUGGCUUUAGGAACUAAUAAACUGAGUUAAAGCUAC